CCCCGACCCUGAGACAUCAUGCGAUACUACAUCAUUCAGAACAAAUGUCCGACUGAAUUCCGUCAGGUGAGGGUGGAGGAGAGCGGCUCGUCUCUCAGGGCUCGCUUCUCUGCUCUGCUGUUCCUGUACCAGGGGGACUACCGGGAUGUCUUCCUACACUGCAGACUCAGCUUUUGUGACCAGAGGAGCUCCUCCUGCACUCCAGUGUGCGCCAAAAGGAAAUACCGCUCUGUCACCCCCUCUGUCCCCCUCAAACCCCUCACCAUCGGACCAAUCACCUGGUCCCAAAAUGAAGUUUGAACUUCAUGAAUCCCUGUCAUGMUUCCUGUAUCCUAAAAAAACAAUGAAUUCAGUUAUUUAAAUGAUUUAUGUGAAGUUCAUAAACCUAUCUCACCUAUACAUCAUUUAUGUCCUAAACCAAGCCAUUUCAUAUGUAAUUUCUUACAUACAUCCAGUUAUAAAUAAUGAUCUUUUAAGGAUAUUCUUAUAUUUCUCACAAAUUCAUUGUUGAACCUUUAACUAAGGCGUGAGGCCAGAAAGUGUAUCUGCAGCUAUAAUAUUAUUUCAUCCUAUUGGUCUAAAAUGCUUUGUUUAUGCAGUAAUUUAAUAGUGUUAUUAAAGAUGAUAAAUGUAUGUAUCAAUGUAUUAAUGUACUGGCAUGUAGUGUACUAUUACUCUUAAAUGCUUUGUAUGUGCAGUAAUUUAAUAGUGUUAAUAAAAUAUAAAUGAUAAAUAUAUGUA